CCUAACCUAAACCUAAGAUGAACCUUUUUAAAUUUGUCUUGUUUGACAUUAUAUUCUGUUGCAUUAAUCAUUAAUAUCAUAUAGGCCUAAGUUUGGAAUAUAGCCAUUUAAUAGUAUACAGUAGUUCUAACCAUGUGCAGUUCAAGUUAAAGGAAACUAGGCCCAUUCCCGACCAAACUGGACCAGAAAUUUGUAGAUGAAUAACUAAACACGGGAGAAGUAAUAGAUUUGAAGAGGAAAAGGAACUUCAAUUCAUGCCGCAAGAAAGAUAAUUUACAUUAUCUGUUAUAAUACUUAAAACAACGUUUAAAUCAAUUAAGUGUUUUCUUCUCUAAAAGUGCAAUUUAAAAAGAGGCAAUAGAUUUGAAGAGGAAAGGCAACUUCAAUUCAUGCCACAAGAAACAUAAUAUUAAAAAUCUGAUGUACUUAAAACAGCAGCUAAAUAGAUAAGUUGUUACCACUUGAGAAGUGCAAAUUAAAGUCAGUAAUUGACUAUGUAAAACAUAAAUUUAAAUUACACCAUUGACUAAGUCAAAGAUUAUACACAACUUGAAUAUGGCUGAUGCAAUAGUAUAAAAAAACUAAACCUAGACGCUACUUUUUCUUUUAAAUGAGAAGACUAGUUUUACAUGAUGGGACAUAAAUGUCAAGCAAAAAAAUCAAAUUGCUUCAAGUAGUCUAUGCUGUAAGCAAUUUAAUACAAAACAAUAUUUGAGCAAGAGUUGUUUUAAAGUUGAUUGAUACACGUAUAUCAAAGGAAAUACGCAUACAAAGCCAACCGACUAGUUCUUAUUAGUUUCUAGCAAGUAUUUAAAGUUAGAAGCUAGAAAUUCAAAACUAUAAGAUGACCACUAAAAAACCUUCCCUCGAGUGUCCAAUAUGUAGGAAAAUGUUUUUAACUCUAUUAGGAAUGAAGGGUCACAUAUAUUUACACACAGGCGAGCGUCCCUUUAGAUGUUUGAAAUGUGAGAAAACAUUUAUUCAAAUAACCCAAGUGAAGUAUCAUUUGUUGACACAUUCUGGGAAGUGGCCUUGGAAGUAUCAUUGUAAAUGCACUAUAUGUGGAAAAUCCUUCACAUCCAGUAGCAAUAUGAAAAGUCAUGCAUUGACUCAUACAGGAGAGCGACCUCAUAAGUGCAUUAUAUGUGGAAAAUCCUUCAAAACCAAGAACAGUAUAAAGAAUCAUACAUUGGUUCACACAGGAGAGCGACUUUAUAAGUGUACUGUAUGCGGAAAAUUAUUCAAAACAAAGAACAGUUUGAAGAUUCAUACAUUGGUUCACACAGGAGAGCGACCUCAUCAGUGCACUACAUGUGGAAAAUCCUUCAAAAGGAAAAGUUAUGUAAGGAAUCAUAUAUUGCUUCACAUAGGAGAGCUACCUUAUGAUUGCACUGUAUGUGGAAAGCCCUUCAAAACCCAUACACAAAUGAAGCGACAUGCAUUGCUUCACACCAAAGAGCGACUUUUUAAGUGUACUAUAUGUGGAAAAUCCUUUAAAAGCAAGCAUUGUUUGAAGCAACAUACAUUAGUUCACACAAGAAAGCAAACUCAUAAGUGCACUACAUGUGGAAAAUUCGUCACAAGCAAGAGUGGUAUGAAGAUUCAUACAUUGGUUCACACGGGAGAGCGACCUUAUAAGUGCACUACAUGUGGAAAAUCAUUCACAACCAUUAGCACUAUGAAAAGACAUACAUUUGUUCACACCGGAGAGCGACCUCAUAAAUGCAUUAUAUGUGGAAAAUCAUUCACAACCAUUAGCGAUAUGAAAAUACAUACAUUUGUUCACACCGGAGAGCGACCUCAUAAGUGCACUAUAUGUGGAAAAUCAUUCACAACCAUUAGCAAUAUGAAAAUACAUAAAUUAGUUCACACAAAAGAGCAACCUCAUAAGUGUACUUUAUGUGGAAAAUCCUUUAAAAGCAAGCAAUGUUUGAAGCAACAUACAUUAGUUCACAAGAACGUUCCAAUCGUUCGUGUCUCAUGGGAGUAAGGUGGCAGA